UCACUAAAUCUAAUAAUUUUUCAGUGACUCAAAAAUCAUAAAAAUCCACGUGACUUCAGACUUGCAAAAAUAAAAAAAGCUUUAAAAAACCAUAAACAAUGGCAACAAACAAAGGCCAAUUGGGUUAGUAGCAUUACAACUUUCUAUUACUUCUAAUAUUGUAUUAUAAUAGUAUAAAUUGAUAAGGAAUUCUAAGAUUAAGACAAUUAUUGCCAUAGUUUGUGGGUCCUUUUAACUUUCAGCGAAAAUUCAGAAAAAUACGAGUAUCACAAACUUCAUAAAUGUAUUCAUACAUGGAAUAUUUGCAAAAAUGUUUUAAUAAAUCUACCGAUUGGAACGAAGAUAACAUAUUUUCAAACAUCACAGCAUCAUCACAAGCUCUAUUGGAGUUCCCCAUUCCAAGUGGGUUGAAAUUAGAUUCUUCUUCAAAGGCUAGUGAACAUCUGGUUUCAAGUCUUACAUUAUCAAAUAAUCAUUCUAUGAAUGGGUCAUUGGCGUACCUAUAUUCAUCAGUUCCACUCAGGAAUACAAUGGGUACAAAAGAAAUAUCACUUCAAGAUGCCAUAGCAGGAUUUCGAAUAAUUGAACCAAGUUUCAGUGAUGGAAAGUUAAAAAAUGUAUCUACUAAUCAAAAUGGUAAAGGAUCUUUAUUAUAUGGUCGAAUGUAUUUUCCAGGAUCGGCAUUGGAAGCGAUGAUAAUAAAGAGAUUAACACAACAUACCCAACUACUUGUCAAAUGUAUAAGUAAUCCUUAUAUGGAUAAAAGCGGUACCAUGAUUUUUUAUUUCCAACAAAAUAAACCAAAAUAUCUGAGAGAAUUGAUUUAUUCUACUAAUGAAUCUUUGUUAGGUAUACGAUGGUUAUAUAAUUUUGGUACCACAAAUGAACAUAUCAGUAAUUUAAAUUCUGCAUUAAUACCCAAAUUCGAUAAUUCAGUGGUAUCAAUAGGUACUGAGUUAUGGUAUGCUGCGAGAACCAUGAGUCCAGGUUUAUCUACUGCUUUCCGAUAUUCAACUAGAUCCACAUCAACUGGGAAGCCAUUAACCAUGACUUUAGCUGUUAACCCCAUCCUUGGUCAUUUAUCAUCAACAUAUACAGUUAAAACCUCAGUUGCAUCUACAUUUUGUUCAAAAUAUGAUUUUAACUUCUUCUCCUAUGCCAGUAACUUAUCCCUAGGCUUUGAAUUUUAUAAUUAUUCUAAAGAGGAUUCUCCAUUUGGCAAUAGUGAAAUCAAUUCAUCAUCCGAAGAAAAUAGAUAUUUAAGAGAACUAGCCAAUAAUAACGCCAUACCAUCAAAGACCAUCCCAUUCAGAAGUCACACCUCAUUAUCCAACAAGAACCAAAAUGAUUUAAUCAUUAAUCCCAUUCAAAAUCUUGACAACUACUAUCAUAUAAAUCCAACCCUUUUACCCCAAAGAAUAGAACAAGAUGAUGAUAUUUCGCCAAUCGAAAAGGACGUUAGCAAUAAUAACGACAUUCAUAAAAAGCUUCAUACGGAAAGUGUUACAACUGCAUUUCAAAACCUUGUAAAUGAUAGUGAUUUCUCUAGUGUUGUUAAAGUCUCCACUAGUCUUAACGAUCGUAUGGUAAAAUUAUUAUGGGAGGGUAGAAUAAAAGAUUUUCUAGUUAGCACUGGUGUUAAACUAUCAUUAAAUCAAACUACAAACACUCCCGAGUUCAAUAGAUUCGGUAUAACGUUCUCUUAUGCCUGUUAAAUGUAUAACUUGUAAAUAUAUGGCUUCUGUAAUUGCAAAUAUAAUAUAGAAUUUGAUUAUCGCACGACAAAUAAUUUUGUUUCCUGCACAAAAAAUUGGCUCUUUUU